CGCAGAGGAAGAGUGCGACAAUAACAAGGCUAGCGCUAGCAUAGCACGGCACGGAAUAGAAAAGCAUGGCAAAAACGUAUUGUUUGGGCUAAAUAUAAAGAUCAGCCCUUACUAUACGAUCCCGCUCCCAGCAGCAGCGGAAUGCGCGGCUAGCAGCGAGCAGCGGGUCAUGUGUUAGCGCAAAGACAGAAGGGGCAUCUUGUGUGAGUGCGUCAGUCUGGGUGCACCGCAAACGCUGGCUGCUGGUUCUAUGUCUUAUAGUUAGACUCCACUUGGACCCGUGUAGUGUGACUGUGCACGCAGAGAGCUUUCGCCAUGGAGAGCCUUUACAAGCGCAAAAUGUUCGCUUCUAUGCGGAAAACCAAAGUGGCCGCAAAGCGUCAGAUCGGGUUGCCCGCCUCCAUCCUGGACGACAGCGACGAGGGCUCCUUCUCCUCGUCCUCCUCUGGCUCCGAGUCCGAGUUCCGCAGCUCUCAGGAGGAGGACAGUGACUCUGCAGCCAGUUCCAGUGACCACAGCCGCUCAGUAACUCGGAGGAAGCGCUCGUUUUUGGGCCGUGACAGUACGUCAUCCUCCUCCAGCUCAGAGGAGAGCUCAGAGGAGGAGGAGCCAAAACGCUCAGGCCGCUCAGGCAAAAGGAGCCGAGUGCAGAGGAAUGACGAAUCGGACUCAGACACUGCGGAGAAGACCAGAAAGGAGGCCCCUGAGAAGGCCAAGAGACGCCAGAGACACAACAAGCUUCUGGCCCUGUCCAGAAGGAUCAAGGCCGGGGUCAACCGUCGGAGGAGCCGCCUUAAGCAGGACUCUGAUGAAGAUGAAGAGUCCAAAGGAAAUGGUGUUGACAAGGGGGCAUCCAAAGAAGGCAAGGAAGCAAGUGAAGGAGAUGAAGAAGUACACAAAGGAGACAAAGAAGCAAGCAAAGGAGACAAGGAGAUAAGUGGAGGAGACAAGGAAGCAAGCAAAGGAGACGAUGAGAACAGACACCAGAAGAAAAGCAGAGGAGACAGGAAAACUAGCGAAGGAGAUAAAGAAGCAAAUGAAGGAGACAAGAACGCAAGUGAAGGAGACGAGGAGGCCAUUAAAGGAAACGAGGAGGCAGGAAAAGGAGAUGAGGAGAUGGAGGAGACCACAAAAGUGGGAGAAUGUGAGGAGGGAGGAACAAGAGAGGGAGACUGAGGAGGCUCAAAUAUCUCCUUUUUAUAACGACGUGAUGUCAGAGCUCAGAUGGGCUCUGAUUGGCUGACGGACAGGGAAUUCAAAAGGACACACCGCUGUUGUUGUUUUUAGCAGCUCAUUUGGAAAUACUAAUGUAAAAAGUGUCAGACACAACCUGCAGAGUCCAUAGUGUUAACAAACCCUCUGUCCAUCUUCAGAAAAUGGACGUUAAAUAUUUAACCCUGACUUUCUUCAUCAUUAUGUAAUCAUUCUGAGCAUUAGUUUGAGCAUAAGACCUUUUCAUAUAAUCUGCUUUUGUUUGUGCUGUGCCAGUGCAGUGUGGACGCUCAACAUGUGCUCAUGUGAGACGGUCAGACUGAAGCCCUCCAAUGAGGCUGGACUGUGGCCUAGUCUCCACCAGGGGGCACUCAUCUCACACAGAAGGGCCCAUCCCUAAUCUCUGGCUCCCGAGUGUAAGUCUGUGUGGAGUCUGUGUCUGUGAGGCAGCAGACUGCUGGAUGGACACAUAUGUUAGUAUAAUAACAUAUUUUAGCAGGGCUUUAUAUAAAGGACAUUUCCAAUGAAGAUCUGACCACAUCUUGUUUUUACUGUUGAGUUUGUAAAGUGUCACUUGGCUCCCAGCUCUAGGGGCAUAGUUCAUAUAUUUAUGUCCUGAAGUACUGAGUGAGCGGCUGUACAGUCCCUUCUUCUGUGUUUGUGACAUUACUGUAUAAAUCUGCUGAGCUCUCAUAGGGUAAACAGGACACUGUCUAAUGCAGGGCCAUGAUGGUCUCAUAUCUCAUGCUCAUCAUGGUACAAUAUUUCUGGCGUUGUUGUAAGGCAGUCAUGUACAAAUGCUACUUUUUGGAUUAAAAACAGAAAUCUGGUUCAUGCUGGCACCACUGAAAUGGAGCAAAGGAUCACAGUGUAUGUAGUCCACUGCAGCACUCAACCAAACACAUUCAAGCAAAGCAGCAACUCAGUAUGUUACACUCCACAAUGUCAUUGUGAGCAUUUGGAUAUGGUAAUACAACAAAACUGUUAAUUGUACUUGGUUUGUGGUGGACAAAAAUGCUUUAUAAUAGAUACAGACAGAACACAGUCUCAUUUUGACCUCAAGAGCUGAUUCUCCAUUAUAUCUGCCUAGAUCUUUGAGACCUUUUUCAUUUCCUUAUAACACUGAUAAACAUACUGAAUCCUCUAUGUUUAUAUUUUAAGUGACUCACUUUCUACAAAAAAUUUAAGGUGAAAUAGUUCAAGAUUUGGAUCUACAGGGUUAAGGAGAUUCAAAAGUUUCAGAGCUGAUGGUCCCUGGCCUCCUCCGAUUGUACGAAACAGUCUGAACUUCUGUAGUUGCACAGUGGCCACACUCCCCCAUCCCCAGAACUUUGUGUAUGAGGUUUAACAGGUGUAAUCCUGCUCCUGAACUCUGGAGCUGAUACACACCAGUGUGAAAUGAACACCCCCUCUCACACACCUACUGCAGGUCUGCUCACUUUGUCCAGUCCAGGGCUGAGCGGGUUUUAAUGACAGACAGUAAUGGAAUCCUCUAAUGCAAUUACACAAGGGGCCACCUCAACGUGAGGCUGAGCAGCUCAGUGUUUCUCCACUCUUCACUUUCCUAUAGCUACAUAGAGCGAACCUUUCCUUUGCCAUAUUGUGCUGUCUAUUAUUUAACUGUAAUAUUCAGUACUUGUCGAGUAGUUUCAAUAUUAAUUUUUAUUUGGUAUAAAACUGGUUGUCAUGUGCUCUGUGUAGAGGAGCAGGAUUAUAUAAGAAUGUCUGAUGAACACUAGAAUGGGAUGAUUCCAGAUGGAGGGCAGGGGCUUGUGUGGGAGAUCCACUGAAAUCCCCAAACUUCUAAUCCACAAAUGUUGAACCUUAUAUGAAAUGCUUUUCAUCCAUUUUCACUCUUGAAUAAACUUCACUGAUCCACAGGAAAAUGUCUUGGACAGUGGAGGUUUUUGUGGUGCAUUCUGUUUUUUUUUCUGCCAAGACCCACUUCCAGCCA